AUGCGCUCUUACGCUUUGUUCCUCCUAGCAUCAAUUGCUACCCUUGCUUCGGCAGCAUGUGACCGAGAAGACCUCAAGGACUUGGCUAUCCAAUAUGUUGACGCGCAGGCGACUGGGAGCGUGGAGGAUAUGCCCCCUUUCAUUGACGUGGCGACAUACUCCGAGAAUGGCCAAGCCAUGGACAUCAAGACAGGCAUUCUGACCCAGUCCCUUAACAUUGACCACAACCGAAGCAUUCACGACACAGUCCAGUGCGCUACCUUUACAGAGCUCAUCGUGACCGACCCAGACCAUCCUUACGUGAUCGGCACCCGUAUUCUCUACACCGAUGACGGGGAGAUAUCGCACAUGGAGUCGAUCGUGACAGAUUCAGGUGACUGGCUUUUCAACGCUACAGGUUACCUCUACUGGAACUCGAUCGAGAACUGGGACCCCAUCCCAACCGAGCAGUGGGACUCUCGGGCACUGAUCAAGGCCGCUGGUGACGCCUACUUCGACCGCUUCAACAAUGUGAGCGUGGUUGUUCCGUUCGGCCCGACAUGCGCCCGGCUCGAGGGCGGCGCAUACACAGGCGAGAACAACCCGACCGGCGAGACUUGCACCAUCGGCGGCAUGCCCAGCAGCAUCAAGAUCCCUUACCGCCGCUACAUUAUCGACGAGGAGUACGGUGCCGUGGACCUUUUUGUUGGGUUCCCGGGGCUCGACCGUACCGUUCCCGACCAGGCGAUGCCGGACAGCCACCUCUUUCGGGUCGAGAAGGGACAGAUCAAAUGGAUCCACACUGUUUCCUCAUGUGUUAACGCGGGAUGUGGGCUCAAUUCAACCAUAAACAACACUGUCUUGGGGAAGAGGAAGGUCAAGUACAAUCAGCAUCCUGUCAGGCUUUGA